AUGGCGGCGCGUAUAUUUGUCAUCAGUUGUGGCUGUCGUCAUUUUCAAAAGCGCGCCGGUUUUUACAAAAUUAAUUCCGAAUUCGGUUUUCGUUUUGGAAAACAACGCGGAUUCCGUACAUGUGCGGCGGACUUGAAAAUAGUUCAGUUUUGCUUGUCGGAUAUCGGUGAAGGAAUACGCGAAGUGAAAGUGAAGGAUUGGCACGUGAAAAUCGACGAUAAGGUGGCUCAGUUCGAUAAAAUCUGCGAUGUGGAGAGUGAUAAGGCCACUGUUGAAAUCACCAGUCGGUAUGAUGGGGUUAUCACCAAGCUGUACCACGAAAUAGACGAUACUGCUAAAGUUGGGGAGCCCUUGGUUGACAUAGAAAUAGCGGACGAUGUUAAAUCUCCAAUAAGUGAAAACAAAACACCAGAGAGCAUUAGUAAAAGUGAUGAGGAACCAACGAAAAAAAUUGUCGAAGUAAGUCGAGAAAAUGUGGAGGACAAUGACGAUGAUUAUUUGAAACAAAUUCUAGCAAACAAAUCAUUAGCAACUCCAGCGGUACGUAGGAUAGCUUCCGAGAACAAAAUCAAACUCAAUGAAAUAAAAGCCACAGGAAAAAAUAACAGAGUUUUAAAGGAGGACAUUCUAGCACAUUUGCAGAAAAUCAAGUCACCCUCAAUCAGUGAAACAUCCACGGAGCCAUGUGUGGUGAAACCUAUAACAGGUAUGACAAGGACUAUGGUUAAAACCAUGACAAAAUCUAACGAUAUUCCAGUGUUCCAUUUUAGUGACGAAAUUGAUGUCACGAAAAUUGUAGAGUUGAGGAGUAGGAUACACGAGUUAAUUGGAGUGAAGUUCACAUAUCUUCCGUUUAUCAUGAAAGCGUUAUCGAAAGGGUUGUUAGAGUACCCAAUUUUGAAUACUUCCAUUGACGAUAAAUGUGAGAAUAUUGCGUUCAAAUCGUUCCAUAACAUCGGUAUAGCUGUGGAUACUCCCAAUGGUUUGGUGGUGCCCAAUGUGAAGAACGUUGAAAAACUUUCAAUUCAACAAAUUUCCCAGAACGUUCAACGACUUCAAGAGUUGGGUAAAAGUGGAAAGCUUAGUGUUAAGGAUCUUACCGGAGGGACAAUUAGUAUUUCAAAUAUUGGAGCUAUAGGUGGUGUUAGUGGAGUGCCGUUAAUACUACCACCAGAAGUAGCCAUUAUUUCGGUAGGGAGGAUUCAGAAGUUACCGCGGUUCGACGAGAAUGAUAACGUUAUCAAGACGCAUAUGAUCAACUUCACAUGGACGGCUGAUCAUCGUAUAGUUGAUGGUGCCACUGUGGCCAGGUGCUCACAGCUCAUCAAGAAGUACCUUGAAAAUCCUGAGCUCAUCAUGAUGGACUUGUGA